GUUGGCCCAUUAAAAGCAACUUCAUGGUUCCAGAUCUGUAAGGAAAUGUGCUUCUAAUGAAAGAAAUUCAACCCCUAAUGCCCUCUUCUCCUGAAGCAGUUUGGCAAGACAUGGGGGAGCUCGAUAAUGGCAAUUUGAAAAGUUGCCUGGAAAUUUAACCAUUUUACAAAUUUCUAGACUAAUGUACCCAUUGGAAUGUGCUUGUGUGAUAAACCUGAUUUAAGUCUAAGAAUAAACAAUACUGCAGAGAGUGUUUGAUAUUCUCACCUCUCCUGAUCUUGUAAAUGAAAUACUGGUGAAAUAUGACCUCAGGAGGUUUGAUAUCCUCCUUGUGCAUAUACUCCAAGGACAAUCACUAUAUUAAUGAAUGUCCAUAUCAUUGGCUUCUUAGACAAAUGAAGAGUUCAAUAAAUUGAUGAAUGGAUUCCUCAUAAAAGAAGGUGAAAGCCCAAUUGCAAAAGUUGAAGAAUGUGAUGGGUUUGAUGAAACUAAUGAAAAUGACCUGAAAUUGCCAGAGUCUUUCGAUUGGAGGAAAAAGGGUGCAGUCACACCAAUAAAGGACCAGGGACAAUGUGGCUCCUGCUGGGCCUUUAGUGCAAAUGGAGCCCUCGAGGGACAGAUGGGAAAAAGAGAUAAACUUAUUUCUCUGAGUGCGCAGAACCUGCUGGAUUGUGACAUUCGAUCUAACGGAUGCGAUGGUGGAUAUAUGGAAAGUGCCUUUUUUUGGAUUCAGACGGAAGGUGGCAUAAACUCUGAAAAAGUAUAUCCAUACAAUGCAAUAAAGUCCGACUGCAGAUUUAGGAGCGACAGGGUUGUUGCCAAUGUCAGUCAGUACUACACGCUCAGAAAAACCGAAACAGCUCUGGCAAUAGGCGUGACUAAUGUUGGACCAAUUUCAAUUGCUAUUGAUGCACACCUUAAAUCGUUCCAAUAUUAUAAAGAAGGAAUCUACUAUGAUCCACAUUGCUCCAAUCAAUAUGUGAACCAUGCAAUGCUGGCAAUUGGAUAUGGCACAGAAGAUGGAAACAAUUAUUGGCUUAUUAAAAACAGCUGGGGCACAACAUGGGGUGACCUUGGUUACUUGAAACUGGCGAAGGACAGGGGCAAUCAUUGUGGAAUUGUCAAUUAUAUUGUCUAUCCACGCGAGGAAGAGCACCUGUAACCAACCAGACCUUCCAAACACGGCCUGAAAAAAUUUGGAAAGUUCUCCGCUGUUGCUUAUUAAUUUCUAUACCGUUGCUUUAACUGUCUGCGGCAAAUGCAUACACAUGUUCAAGAGAAUAAAAGUAGUUUCUAUAUAUUCUGCAGUGUGACAUUAAGGGCAAACUAAUCAAACAUUACUUAAUGACAAUGUUAUUCAACCUGUGUCGAGGCAAUGGGUUGCAACAUUGAACAAUUAAUAAAAGCUACUGGCAAUCA